CCCUCCCCGCUCUCCGUUUCCCCCUCUCCCUCCUCCUCCUCGGACCGAGCAGUGACUUAAGCAACGGAGCGCGGUGAAGCCCAUUUUUCUCCUUCCUCGCUGCCGCCGGGGGACCUCGCGGCGCGCGGCCCCUCCACUCCGGCCCGAGAUGAACGCUGCGGCAGAAGCCGAGUUCAACAUCCUCCUGGCCACCGACUCCUACNAGGUUACUCACUAUAAACAGUAUCCACCCAACACAAGCAAAGUUUAUUCCUACUUUGAAUGCCGUGAAAAGAAGACUGAAAACUCCAAAGUAAGGAAGGUGAAAUACGAGGAAACAGUAUUUUAUGGGUUGCAGUACAUUCUUAAUAAGUACUUAAAAGGUAAGGUUGUGACCAAAGAGAAAAUCCAAGAAGCCAAAGAAGUGUACAAAGAACAUUUCCAGGAUGAUGUCUUUAAUGAAAAGGGAUGGAACUACAUUCUUGAGAAAUAUGAUGGGCAUCUCCCUAUAGAAGUAAAGGCUGUUCCUGAAGGCUCUGUCAUUCCCAGAGGAAAUGUCCUCUUUACCGUGGAAAACACUGAUCCAGAGUGCUAUUGGCUUACAAAUUGGAUUGAGACUAUUCUUGUUCAAUCCUGGUAUCCGAUCACUGUGGCCACAAACUCUAGAGAGCAGAAGAAAAUAUUGGCCAGAUAUUUGUUAGAAACUUCUGGUAACUUAGAUGGUCUGGAAUACAAGUUACAUGAUUUUGGCUACAGAGGAGUUUCUUCCCAAGAGACUGCUGGCAUAGGGGCAUCUGCUCAUUUGGUUAACUUCAAAGGAACAGAUACAGUAGCGGGAAUUGCUCUAAUUAAAAAAUACUAUGGCACAAAAGAUCCUGUUCCAGGCUAUUCUGUUCCAGCAGCAGAACACAGUACGAUAACAGCUUGGGGGAAAGACCAUGAAAAAGAUGCUUUUGAACAUAUAGUAACACAGUUUUCAUCAGUGCCUGUAUCUGUGGUCAGCGAUAGCUAUGACAUUUAUAAUGCAUGUGAGAAAAUAUGGGGUGAAGAUUUAAGACAUUUAAUAUUGUCAAGAAGUACAGAGGCACCACUAAUAAUCAGACCUGAUUCUGGAAAUCCUCUUGAUACUGUUUUAAAGGUUUUAGAUAUUUUAGGUAAGAAAUUUCCUGUUACUGAGAACUCAAAAGGCUACAAGUUGCUGCCACCUUAUCUUAGAGUUAUUCAAGGGGAUGGAGUAGAUAUUAAUACCCUACAAGAGAUUGUAGAAGGCAUGAAACAAAAAAAGUGGAGCAUUGAAAAUGUUGCCUUUGGUUCUGGUGGAGCUUUGCUGCAGAAGUUAACCAGAGAUCUCCUGAAUUGUUCCUUCAAGUGUAGCUAUGUUGUCACCAAUGGCCUUGGGAUUAAUGUCUUCAAGGACCCAGUUGCUGAUCCCAACAAAAGAUCCAAAAAGGGCCGGUUAUCAUUACAUAGGACACCAGCAGGGAAUUUUGUUACACUUGAGGAAGGAAAAGGAGACCUUGAGGAAUACGGUCAGGAUCUUCUGCAUACUGUCUUCAGGAAUGGAAAGGUGACCAAAAGUUAUUCGUUUGAUGAAGUAAGAAAGAAUGCACAGCUGAAUAUAGAACUGGAAGCAGCGCCUCAUUAGGCCUUGUCCUGUGAGUGGGUGCAUGUGCGCAUGUGCACCCGUGUGAGAGUGUGUAGUACAUAAUGUUUAUUGUACAGCUGUGUGGGCUUUCUUUGUGUUUUAUGAUACAUUACAGCCAAAUUAUUUGUUGGUUUAUGGACAUAACUGCCCUUUUUUUCUUUUGUUUCCAGUGUUUUGGUGAUCUCAAAUUAGGCAACACAUAACCGUUGUGAAAGAUUAAUGCUAAAGUAGGCUUUUUAGGGCCCUUUGCCAAUAGAUAGUAACUCAAUCUGGUAUUGAUCUUUUCACAAAUAACAGAACCAAGAAACUUUUAUAUAUAACUAAAGAUCACAUAAAACAGAUUUGCAUAAAAUUAUCAUGAUUGCUUUAUGUUUAUAUUUAACUUGUAUUUUUGUACAAACAAGAUUGUGUAAGAUAUAUUUAAAGUUUCAGUGAUUUAACAGUCUUUCCAACUUUUCAUGAUUUUUAUGAGCACAGACUUUCAAGAAAAUACUUGAAAAUAAAUUACAUUGCCUUUUGUCCAUUAAUCAGCAAAUAAAACAUGGCCUUAACAAAGUUGUUUGUGUUAUUAUACAAUUGAAAUUAUGUCAAGACAUACCCUGUAGAAUUACUAAUCUCACUGCCCCUUGUAGAAUAUGUAUUGAUCAUUCUACAUCUGAGAAAAUAAUGGUUCUUACUAGGAUGUCUAGACACUGUACAGUUACAUACUUUGGUCAUUGUAUUGUACCAGUGAAAUGCCAAAUUUGAAAGGCCUGUACUACAGUUUUAUAUGUCAGAUAUCGCCUGUGGCUCUAAUAUGCACCUCAAGAUUUUAAGGAGAUAAUGUUUUUAGAGAGAAAUUCUGCUUCCACUACAGAAUAUAUACAAAAAUGUAAAAUACUGACAAAAGUGGAAGUAGUGUAUUUUAAAGUAAUUAUACUUCUGAAUUUAUUUUUCAUAUUCUAUAGUUGGUAUGACUUAAAUGAAUUAACUAGAGUGGGUAGUGAGUGUACUUACUUUAAAUGU